AUGUUCUUUUACAUGAGUAAAGGAAUAAAAAGCAUGACACCAAGUUCUUUGUCCCCGCAUUACGCGGCUCAAUCUCCUUCAGGACGUAAACCUUACUUGGUAGCGAAGGAGGUGCUGGAAUGGUGGCAAACCAACGGAAAGCACCCGUUCAUCCAGCCCCACAUCUCGUCACCGAGUAAUGUGGGUGCGAACUCGCCAGAGAACUUAUCACUAGGUGAUAAGGUCCAGCUCAUUCGACUACCAGUAGCUUCACCGUCAGCCGUUAAAGAGUCCAGUCAGGUUAGCAGUGAAGAGCCAGCACAUCUCACCACAGCAACUAGGAAAGUAAUGCUACCGAAGAAACCAAAUUUUAUCCUUGUUUUAAGAGGUGUAACUGGCAUUGACAGGCCAGUUACUCCGGACGAUGUCAUUAUGAAAAGAAAAAAAAUGGGUGAUUCAGAUGACGCUUUUAAAAAUCCAUAUGAUAUUUUCAAGACCACUCUCUGA